AGGCCACCAGCCGCCCGAGUCCUUGGCCUGAAACCCGCCGUCGAGCACGGAGCCCGCAGCGCCGCGCCUGAUGAGGAAACGCAAAGGCCCCAGAUGCCUUAGACAGAAGAGAAUGGAAGGGCUUCAGAGGAACAGAUAUGGAACUAUGACUGAAGGCAGAGAGGAAGAUAACCGGUUUGCAACAUCGUCCUCACUGAGGAUCAUCCUGGUGGGCAAGACGGGCGGAGGGAAGAGUGCCACGGGGAACAGCAUCCUUGGCCGGCCAGUGUUCGAGUCCAAGCUGGGGAGCCAGGCUGUGACCAGAAAGUGCCAGGCAGAGGCGGGGACCUGGGAUGGAAGGAACAUCCUGGUGGUCGACACGCCCCCCAUCUUCGAGGCCGCGAUGCAGACCCAGGAGACCUACAAGGACAUCGGGGACUGCUACCUGCUCUCUGCCCCGGGGCCCCACGUGCUGCUGCUGGUGACCCAGCUGGGGCGCUUCACCGCCCAGGACACGGCGGCCGUGAGGAGGGUGAGGGAGGUCUUCGGGCCAGGAGCCAUGAGACACGUGGUGGUCCUCUUCACCCACAAGGAGGACCUGAUGGGCGAGUCCUUGGAUGAGUACGUCGCCAACACGGACAACCACAGCCUGAGGAGCCUGGUCCAGGAGUGCGGGAGGAGGUACUGCGCCUUCAACAACAGGGCCGCCGGGGAGGAGCAGAGGGAGCAGCGCGCCCAGCUGAUGGCCGUGGUCGAGAGGCUGGGGAGGGAGAGCCAGGGCACCUUCCACACCAACGAUCUCUUCUUUGAAGCCCAGAGGCUGCAGCGAGAAGGGGGCGGUGUCCACGCGGAAGAGCGCUACCUGACCAGGGUUCGGGAGCAUAUGGAAAAGCAAAAGCGAGCCCUGACAGGGAGCAGGGGUCCCUGGGCCUUCAGGGCGCUCCUUGCAGUCAAAAGCUGGGUGUGUUCUAACCUUGGCAUAUCCGCUUUCCUUGUUAUAUGCUUUCUGAUUUUUCUUGCCAUUUUAAUUAACUUGUGUAUUACUAAUGCACAUUGAGCAUGUUCAGAUGAUUUCUGCAAUCAGCUGCUUUAGUUUUUGAGUCCCUGUCUCUGUCUGUCAGAUUCCUUAUUUGCUUUUUUACAUAAUUUCACUUUAAGUUUCUCUUCCUUGCAUCAGACAUGUGUAAGCCCCUCCCCUGUUUUUAGGUAAAUAAAAUCUCAAGGGAAAAAAAGGUU